GCCGGAGCCGGCGCGUGUGCCCGCCGCCGCUGCGCCCUGGGCGGGGGUGCCGCAAGUGCUUCGGGGCGCGCGCAGCCCCGCGCGGGCGCCCGCGGCCGCCAGAGCAAGGAGGGAUGCGUGCGGGAACUUUUCGCCCGCCCCGCAAGUCCGGGUCGCGGCGUUCGGAGGGGCUGCCCUCCGCCGCCGGCACCGAGUGCCCGCCCCACCCCCACUUCCGCCUCCCGCCUCUUCCUCGUUCCCGACUCCCAGGGCCGCCGGUCCCCAGGGAGCCCCGCAGGCAUAGCCCCACCCGGCCGGCGCUGCUCGCUCCCACGCCCCCGCCGCCGCUUGUCGGGAGCGCUUCCAGUGAGCCAGCGGGGCGCGGGCGCUGCAGUACCUAUGGUCGCGUAAACAACUACCUAGCACCAGGUCUCAGCUCCGCGGCCCCUGGUGGGCAAUCUCUUCAACCUGGGGCUGACAUGGACCCAAAUCCACGAGCAGCCUUGGAACGCCAGCAGCUACGUCUCAGGGAGCGGCAGAAAUUCUUCGAAGACAUUUUGCAGCCAGAGACAGAGUUUGUUUUCCCCUUGUCCCAUCUGCAUCUCGAGUCCCAAAGACCCCCCAUAGGUAGCAUCUCGUCUAUGGAAGUGAAUGUGGACACACUGGAGCAGGUGGAAUUUAUUGACCUUGCCGAUCAGGAUGGAGCAGAUGUGUUCUUGCCUUGUGAGGACUCUCCACCAACCCCCCAGAUGUCUGGAGUGGACAGCCAUCCAGAGGAGCUGAGCCUGCCGGUACCCACGCCAGACAGGACUACAUCCCGGACCUCCUCCUUGUCCUCUGACUCAUCCAAUCUGCGCAGUCCAAAUCCAAGUGAUGGGGGAGCAGACACCCCCUUGGCACAGUCAGAUGAGGAGGAUGGGGGUGAUGGAGGGGCAGAGCCUGGACCCUGCAGCUAGCAGUGGGCCUCUUGAAGACUGAUCUAUCUGGCCAUUCUCCGUGGAGAGGAGAUCCCAGGCCCAGCAGAACACUCUGGAGAAGACCUGACCCUUUACUUGCUGUCAGCACCAGAGCCGUAAAGGACGGUGGAUACUGUACCUGAGAAUUAGCCUUCCCUGCUUCUGCUAACUUUCUCCUGCUGCAACCUUCCCACCAGUGUUUUUCUCCUGAGGUAGGACUUCUAAAUGAGAAGCUGGAAGAUGAGGUAGGACAAGAUACCACUGCUUUCUUAGUAUCCCUCCUGCCCCCAAAUGACCUGUAGACUUCCACUAGAGUCUCCUAAGUCAGUGUCUCUGAGGGGAAGGUCUGAGGAGUUCCACUUGGCACUCUGUGAGGUUGUACUGCAGUAAUCCUGCCUCUUUAAAUCCUUUUUGGAACAGGAUAUAGUAUAAAUAAUAAACUAUAAAUAAUAAACUAUAAUAUACCACUCAUUUCACCGCCUUCGUCACAUUGCAGAGAUGCCAGGCCUGCCGUCCUUCACUAACUGGCGCCAUAUCUCCAUCAUUCAUUUACUCCACGUAGUCGAGAAAUACUUAAGACUUUAGCUCUGCGAGACAUUUGAAAUAGGGUUCUGAUGCGAUGAAGCACUUUCCUGUUUUCACAGAGUUUACUGUCUGUGGUGGAGAAGGCCAGGUAAAUAUAAGUCACAGUAUAGUAAGUAGUAGUAUGAUCAAGUUCUCCUCUGGUAUCAGGAAACAGAACUGAAGGAAGGAUUUCCUAAGCAGAGAUCUGAAGGACAGUGAGGAGUAGCCAAGCUGGGCAGAGGGAGAGGGAUCCUAUCCAGGGAGAAGCUGCAGCUUGUAAACACUAAAUGGAAAGGCCAGGCUGGGUGUGGGGGCUCCUCCGUAUAAUCUCAGCAAGAGAGGGGUGAGGCAGGAGUAUCAGGUUCAGGAACAGUUUUGGUUUCAUAGCAUAUUUGAGGCCAGUCUGGGUUUCGUGAGACCUGUUUCAAAAAAUAAAAAAUAAAAUUAAGGAAACAAAAAAAAAAAA